GUAAACAGGCUUUAAUAAUGUCAGAUAUCAAUACUGAUUCUGACAUUGAAAAAAAUAAAUUUAAUAAAAAAUCAUCUGCAGUUAUUGAUCCUUUUCCGCCGAUUAACUUUGACGACGCAGGUUCCAGCGGUAAUAAUAGUGAGACCGAAAAAUCUGAUUCAAAUACAUCAAAUGCUCAGACAAAAGCAAAAAGAAAAAAUCGAGAUUUAUCCGUAAAUGACCAGCCUAUUACUGACGAUUUGUCAUUAACUCGACAGUCAAGUUUGACGCAUGAUCAUGAGAAUUGUAGCAGAACAGUUUUACGAGCAAUGGCUAACAUUGAUUUGAAGAUAGACACAUUAAUUGCUGAAAUGCGUAAUGUAACAAAAUUGAUGACGACAAAAACGACGGACAAAGAAAUCGAAAAUACUGAAAGUCAAACUUUGAAGGCCUAUCCUAUAUUAACGGAAGAUGAUUUAAUAAAAGAAGAACGACGUUUAUCGACUGACAUACUUCAUAAAAACAACUUAAUUAAGGACUUGGGUAUUUUUGUACAAGCGGACGUCAAAAGUACUGUAUUAAAACUAAUGCAGGAAAUAAUGAGCAAUGCAUUAGCUUCGAAUUAUAGUUUCCACGGAGCCCACAAAAAAAAGCAUUUGAUAAACUGAAGCUUCUUGAUGUCAUAUCAAGUGUUGUCCGCUGCCGUUUUACAAAGUCUCUUGUUACCAAUAAACAUAUAAGCGAUCCAAUUAAAUCAUGGCUGCGUCAUGCCCCUGCGCGCUUUUCACGAGAACAAAAGAAAAUAACACAUGUUGCGAAUGAUUUGGAAAUCGUGGCCGAGGAUGAAAUCAAUGAAGUCGAUAAUGAAAACCAAGUUAAUACUGUGGCUAAUAACGCAGCUGAUAAAAAUAUUAAUGAGAAAAUAGUUGAUGAAAAUCUUCUAAAUAGUGAUGAAAAAAAUCUAAGGUA